AUGCGUCCCAACCUAGCGGUACUCGUCGUUCUCUUCAUAAGUUCCGCCUAUGCUCUUGAAUCACAAUUCGGCUGUAGUGGAGAAAUGGGUGAUGACAAAAGAGCAAUCUUUCUUGAGGCUCACAAUGAACUUCGCAGGAGAGUAGCACUAGGUAAAGAGGAAAACAAAUUUGGAUAUCUAGGACCAGCACGGAAUAUGUACCAGCUUAAUUGGGACUGUACAUUGGAAGACGAUGCAGCGAAUUCUAUUGCUGACUGUAGGCUUGAUUCAACGGUCGAUUCUGCUCGAAACAACAUCGCGCUUUCCGGUGGCUAUCUUCCUGAUGAAGUUCUCAUUACGCUUGGAAUGUACCAAUGGGAAAACGCGGUGAAAUUCUUCGGUAAAAGUGAGCCAACCAACGUGAACGAUGGAACUCUCUGCACAUUUGCCAACAUGGUACAUGCAAACACCACGUCGCUAGGAUGUGCUUACAAAUCUUGUAAUUCGAAUUUCCUUAUUACAUGUCUCUACGACAAAUGUGGCACCAAGGAACCUCUAUUGUGGGAGAUAGGUACUGCUUGUAAGGAAGAUAAAGACUGCACCACUUACGAAGAUUCGAAGUGUGUUGAUAGUCUUUGUGUGGUCGACUAA